GACCGGUCACAUGACGCCUUCGCAUCUCUACUUGAGAUGCACAAUCGAUUUUUCGAUGCUGAAAAUAAUUAAUUUAUCGAAUUGGUAAUUAAUUAGGACAUUUCGUAAUCCAUUGAUACAUGAGAAUCACCCUAAAUUUCCAUUGAAGUGACGAGUGUGGACGUCCUUGAGUUUAUGGCUUCAGUUUCUUUAUUCAACUGCGUUACACAUCGUUUUGCUCCACAAAAAUGCAGGGGAGUUAUAAACCCUCGACAAUUCACGUGAACCCCAUGUUCAAGGAGACCUCGAAAAAUGUUAUUCACAUAAAUCCAAAAGUGCACAUCAACAUGGCUAUUCACGUGAAUCCAAGGAUGGUGAAUGCACAUGCAUUAACACAUGGUGGAAUCCAACAAAGAAUGAUCCCGGACACAUUCGUCAACUCCAAAAGAGACUGUCAAGAGUCUCCAAGUGUCCAGAAAUCGGUUUACGUGAACCCGAGAUUGAUGGAAAAACUCACGAGUAGAAUUCCAGACGUGGAAAUUGUGGAGGAAAUUUGUCGUGAUGAGGCCCAAGCUAAAAUUCAGAGUUCAAGGUUAGGAGUGGAUGGAACGAGACCUGAAGUUUUUGUUGAGAAAAGUCCCUCUCCGAACUUAGUGUCACUGUCGAGGAGGAAAUUGGUGAGGAUACCACCGAAAAGCAGUCCUCAGAGUUCGAUGAAGAUCGUUGGGAAAAAUUGUGGGAAUAUUUUGGCUCAGAAAUCGGUGGGGAAGAUUCAAAUCAGGAAGAUCACUAGGGGCAAGCAAUUGAAGAAAGUUAAUGGGUCAAAUCAGUUGGGGAAAGUUAAUGUAGUUAGGGGGAAGGUGAACAGCACUUUGAAGAAGAUUAAUAAUGUCUUGGGGCAAUCGAAGAGGAUCAACAGGGAGGUGGGGACCCUGAGGAAGGUUAAUAAUGUCAAGGUUACUCUAAAAUCCAGUGCUUCGAGUUCCAAGGGCUCGGGGAGUAAGUACAAGAUUGAUAGGACGACUGGGGCUAAGAAGACUAAGGCUGGAGUCACGAGGAGGACGUUAGGAUCCAACAACAAGAACCUCGUCAACAUCGACGGAGUUUUCUACCGUUCUUCUAAAUCACGCCUGGUGAAGAGCUCCUGUAGUAGUGCAUCCCCCAAGCCCCCCAAGAAGCCUACUCCUGCCUCCUCUAGACCCAGAAAACUUCGCACUCACGUCGUAAUAAACGGAAAGAUAGCAAAAAUAAACACCAGUAAUCUGCGCAAAACAAUCCUACAGACUCCAGGACAAAAAUCCAACUACAAGCACGUCAUAAGCAAUCGAGUGAAACAGAGGUCAUUACAAAUAUUACGACACAAGAUGUGCAAAAAUAAUCAGCCAUGUCUCCUCUUUCAACGCUUUGGCUACUGUGCUAAACAUAUCAAGGGUACCUGCCCCAAAGUACAUGACAAGAAACAAGUAGCCCUAUGUAAAAAUUUCCUCCAGGGUAAAUGCCUUCUCGAUAAUUGUCCACUGUCGCACGACGUUGGGCCUGAGAAAAUGCCAACGUGCAAGUACUUCCUCGAGGGCUGCUGCACACGUGAUAAUUGUCAGUAUCUCCAUGUCAAGGUUUCGGCGAAUACCCCGAUAUGCGUGCCAUUUCUCCGAGGAUACUGUGCCAAGGGUGAUCAGUGCAAAGAGCGUCAUACCAACAUUUGUCCUGAAUUUGACAAGUACGGGAAAUGUGCAAAAGGUAAGAAUUGUCCAUAUCCUCAUAAAACAUGUUUGUUACCACAGCAAAAUACUCUGAGGCUUCCAAGACCCUUAAACUCAUUCAACAAGCCAAGAUCACUGAGAAAAUCGGUUGACAUUUCAUCUCACGAUGACAGUAAAAAGAGAUAUUACGAUGAUAGCUGUAGUAACGACGCUUUAGAGAGAAAAAAGUCCAAUAUCAAUAAGAAAAUUAGGGUAAUGAAGAUGGUGCACAAAUCAUCGGAGGAGCCCGAUGUUUCUGUUAUCACUGGCGAUACUGAGAUGAAAUCACAACCAAUUGCUGAGGAAGUACGCCCUAGAAGACCCCCUAUAGGGCCCUUACCAUCUUACAUACCUAUUAAUUAAUAUUCUCUCGUUGAAGACUCAUAUUUUUGAUUAAUAUUUAGUGAACUAGGCGAUUUGAAUUUAUGUACAAAUUUUAAGAGAAAUAAAUUCGUUUUUCCAUUAAA